GACCGCAGGGAGCCGGGCACAGGGAGCACCGGAGGGCGGAGCGGAGCGCGGCCAGCGGCGGGCGGCGGGCGAGCGACCCCACAGCAGCCCCUACAUCUCUGCUGUCUGUGACCGCGCCUGCCCCCGGGGCCCGCGGCGGCCCGGCGCACGAGCGCUGACCUCUGCGGAGGCGGCGCGGGCUCAGCAUCGGGCCGGGGCCGGGAGGGGCACCGGGGCCGGGGGAGGCGCUCCGGCCCGGCCCGGCCCGCCCGAUGUCCAUGAGUGCGAACACCAUGAUCUUCAUGAUUCUGGGGGCGUCGAUCGUGAUGGCCAUCGCGUGCUUGAUGGACAUGAACGCGCUGCUGGACCGAUUCCAUAACUACAUCCUCCCGCACCUGCGGGGCGAGGACCGCGUCUGCCACUGCAACUGUGGCCGGCACCACAUCCACUACGUGAUCCCAUACGACGGGGACCAGUCGGUGGUGGACGCAUCUGAGAACUACUUUGUGACAGACAAUGUGACCAAGCAGGAGAUCGACCUUAUGCUGGGGCUGCUUCUGGGCUUCUGCAUCAGCUGGUUCCUGGUGUGGAUGGAUGGUGUCCUGCACUGUGCUGUGCGCGCCUGGAGGGCUGGUCGGCGCUAUGGUGAGUGCCACGCGCUGCUGCGGGCACCACUUCUGGCCCAGCCCGGCCACCUGACUGCCCUGUCCCCCUGCAGAUGGCUCGUGGACCUGGCUGCCCAAGCUGUGCAGCCUGCGGGAGCUGGGCCGGCGGCCGCACAGGCCCUUCGAGGAGCCCACAGGGAACAUGGUGCACGUGAAGCAGAAGCUCUACCACAACGGCCACCCCAGCCCACGGCACCUGUGAGUGCACAGGACUCGGGGCUGCUGUGCACAUGUAAAGGGACCUCGUGGACGCUCAGCUGGCAAGACGGGACUGCGGCCUCAGGCCCAGGGUAUGCUGGGCUGUGGCCAGCUGGGCUGUGGCCAGCAGGCAAAUCCAGUGGAAGGUGCUGUCUCUUCUUUUUAUAAAGGGGGUCGGGUGGGGGCUGGGGUCGGGAUGGCCACUGGGCUUCAGGGACAGCAACCUGGUUUCCACAGUGAGCAGGACACAAAGGCAGGCUUUUAGAGGUGCUGGGGCCAAGGGUGGUGGGUUCACAAUGGGGACAGACAUGGCCUGGGUCACGCUAGCCUAAGGCCACAUCUCAUUGAAAGCCACUGUUUCCUGUGCACCUGUUGUCCAUCCGUCCGUCGUCUGGAGGGGAGGGAUGUGUCAGGGCCUGCGCCCAUCUGCACACGGGAGCAUGUGCAUGGGGCGUGUGCGACUGGAGGACUGGAGGGUGGGACUGGAAGGGCGGGCCCCCAGCAGCAAUAAAGAUGUGGUGGCCCCAGGUGUCCCAGCCCUCACUGUGAAGCCCACCCUGCCUGGCCAGUAAAUUCUCCAGAAAGCUCCA